GAGCCGUGCGCAGCGGCGUGUGUGGGGCCGUGUGCAGACCCGCGUGUGGCGCAGCCAAGGACCCUGAAAAUAAACAGCCACCGCUUUGCGAGUCGCUUUUCGGAACCUGCGUCCGAGUCUCCGCAGCCGCGGGUCGCUCAGACGCCGAAGCUGUAACUUCAGCCAUGAGCAGCAACGAGUGCUUCAAGUGUGGACGAUCUGGCCACUGGGCCAGGGAAUGCCCUACUGGUGGAGGUCGGGGUCGUGGAAUGAGAAGCCGUGGCAGAGGUGGUUUUACCUCGGAUAGAGGUUUCCAGUUUGUUUCCUCAUCUCUUCCAGACAUCUGUUAUCGCUGUGGUGAGUCUGGUCAUCUUGCCAAGGAUUGUGAUCUUCAGGAAGAUGAAGCCUGCUAUAACUGCGGCAGAGGUGGCCACAUUGCCAAGGACUGCAAGGAGCCCAAGAGAGAGCGAGAGCAGUGCUGCUACAACUGUGGCAAGCCAGGCCAUCUGGCUCGUGACUGUGACCACGCGGAUGAGCAGAAGUGCUAUUCUUGUGGAGAAUUUGGACACAUUCAGAAAGACUGCACCAAAGUAAAGUGCUAUAGGUGUGGUGAAACUGGUCAUGUAGCCAUCAAUUGCAGCAAGACAAGUGAAGUCAACUGCUACCGUUGUGGCGAGUCAGGGCAUCUUGCACGGGAAUGCACGAUUGAGGCUACAGCCUAAUUAUUUUCCUUUGUCGCCCCUCCUUUUUCUGAUUGAUGGUUGUAUUAUUUUCUCUGAAUCCUCUUCACUGGCCAAAGGUUGGCAGAUAGAGGCUGUUCCCAGGCCAGUGAGCUUUACUUGCAGUGUAAAAGGAGGAAAGGGGUGGAACAAAAACGACUUUCUGCAUUUAACUACAAAAAAAGUUUAUGUUUAGUUUGGUAGAGGUGUUAUGUAUAAUGCUUUGUUAAAGAACCCCCUUUCCGUGCCACUGGUGAAUAGGGAUUAAUGAAUGGGAAGAGUUGAGUCAGACCAGUAAGCCCUUCUGGGUUUCUUGAGUGUGUUCCCAUGUAGGAGAUAAAACCAAUUUUGGAAGUGUCUAUGAACUUCCAUGUGUAACUUUAAUUUUAGCAUAAUGAUGGCCUUGGAUUGUCUGACCUCAGUAGCUAUUAAAUAACAUCGAGUAACAUCUGUAUCAGGCCCUCAGAACAUACAGCUGAGUGGGAGUAAACAAAAUGAAAAGAGAAAUGUGUGCAUGGCUAUGCCAGAGAAGUGGGAUGAAAGGAGCAGGUUCGUGCAGUGCUGAUGCUGGACGCACAGGUGGAGAUGGCAAAGGUGUAGAACACAUUUUCAAAGAUGAAAUCUAAAACCCACAGGAAACAUCCAUGCUCAGAGUUAGCAUAAUUUGGAGCUAUUCAGGAAUUGCAGAGAAAUGCAUUUUCACAGAAAUCAAGAUGUUAUUUUUGUAUACUAUAUCACUUAGACAACUGUGUUUCAUUUGCUGUAAUCAGUUUUUAAAAGUCAGAUGGAAAAAGCAACUGAAGUCCUAGAAAAUAGAAGAUGUAAUUUUAAACUAUUCCAAUAAAGCUGGAGGAGGAAGGGGA